AUAACUCGGAUCCGAAGUGUCUGACUCCGCGCUUCCGAUCAUAUGACAGAUAAAUAGAACGAGAAAAAAAUUUCUUCUGCGUCCCUCCCUCUUCCAACAAAUCAUUUCGACAGCAUUCGCUACAUUUUCCAGGUCUCUCCUCCUCUUAUGGCUACCCGUAUUCAGUUUGAAAACAACAGCGACAUUGGCGUCUUCUCCAAGUUGACGAAUAGCUAUUGCCUGGCCGCUAUCCAGGGUAGCACAAAUUUCUACUCGGCCUUUGAAAGCGAACUUGGAGAUGUCAUUCCUAUCGUGCACACGAGUAUUGGCGGGACGCGGAUAAUAGGACGGUUGACGGCCGGGAACCGUCACGGUCUUUUGGUUCCAGCCUCCACCACUGACCAGGAGCUCCAACAUCUGCGCAACUCCCUCCCAGACGCCGUCGCCGUCCAGCGGGUUGAAGAACGACUUUCUGCCCUUGGAAAUGUCAUCGCAUGUAACGACUAUGUCGCGCUUGUUCAUCCAGAUGUCGAUCGGGAAACAGAAGAGAUCAUCGCAGAUGUCUUGAAGGUCGAGGUGUUCAGGCAGACGGUCGCCGAUAACGUUUUGGUGGGGAGUUACUGUGCGAUCACAAAUCAGGGCGGUCUGGUCCAUCCAAAAACAAGUAUACAGGAUCAAGAUGAAUUGAGUAGUCUUCUACAAGUCCCGUUGGUGGCUGGAACGGUAAAUCGCGGUUCGGACGUCAUUGGUGCCGGCCUCGUCGUGAAUGACUGGUGUGCAUUCACAGGUCUAGAGACAACUGCAACAGAGAUCAGUGUCAUAGAAGCCGCUUUCAAGCUGCAAGGACAAGACUCCGCCGCCGUUAUAGGAGAGAUGCGCGAUUCGCUUAUUGACAACUGGGCGUGAACAAGAAAGCAAAACGGUUGGAAGCAGUCAUCAUAUGUAGAGCUAAUAUCUUGUUGUCGAGCGUUU